GACCUUUGUGACGACGCCUAGGUCAAGGACAUUACGUCAUGUGUCGAGUGUUAUAAAAAGCAGACCACUGGAAGUCGCAGUAAAGUGGUUUACUGAUUCAUAAACCAUUGAAUCAUGGAAGCCAUUGUCUUGUUACUCCUGCUUGGAUGUCUUACCGUUCAUGCCAGCUAUAAGUGUUCAGACACCCUGGCGUGUUCAGCGACCAUGCUGAGCGAUGUCAGUCAGUGCAUGACCAUCCCAUUCAGCAUUCAAUCACUUACGAGUAACAACUUUAAAACCUGUAAGAAAGCGUGUGAGGCUCAUAUUGCCAAGAAGAAAACCAUUUGUCAAGAGAACUGUCCCUCGCGAAAAUGUAUGGAAUGUGUUGAAGCUGCUGAGAAUUCUGUUAAAGAAUGUAGACGGUUCUACCAGAAGAUGAAUGGCAGCACGUCUGAUUGUGAUACAUUCGAGAGACAAUUGAUCAAGUGUUGCUCUAACAAUGCGGCUUGUAAAGUCUGUCGUGACUCGUACUGUCAUAAUGGUGGGGUUUGCAGAGGAGGGCCUAAUGUCUUGUCCUGUAAAUGUCCCAAGGGAUUCACAGGAAUGUACUGUCAAAAAAGUCAAUGUGCUGGUCGUCAUGCUUGUACUAAUGGCGGCGCGUGUGUUGGACACAAAAAAUGCGCUUGUCUGCCAGACUUCACCGGGCCACGGUGUGAACGAAAGAGACUGGGUACCAAGAUUAACCCAGCUCCUAACGCACAGGCUAUCUUAGACGCCGGCGAGAGUGAGGGCAGCGGUAUGUAUUGGAUCCAGCCUCCAGGAGAAUCGAUUGCCGUGCAGACGUAUUGCGAUAUGACAUACUCUGAUGGGGGRUGGAUGCUGGCCAGUUAUGGAUAUGUACACGGGGCAAGUAAUUCCCCUUCUUCGCCUUUGAACAGAGCCAUUCCAAACAUGAACAACCCCAUGGGAUAUGCUUGGCGUCCCACCAGACGCGCGGGAAGAAACGGUCUGAUCAAUCUAUUGCAUGGCGCCGUGAUGAUGGCACGAAAUGCCACCUACAUGAUGAUGGCAGCAGGUAACAACCCAGACGACGGUGGAAUCGAUCACUWCUCUCACGUCUAUAGAAUAGACCUACGACAAAACCCAUACAAGAUCACCUUUGCCAAUCACAAUCGUUUUCACGGCGCUAUAGGAACCAAUCAGAUCCCUAAGAUGCACGUGACUGAUUUCCUGGUUGAAGGGUUGAAGGGAGACGUUGGAGAGUUUGUGCGAUACGGACUGGGGGAAUCAUUGGGUGUGACCUGGGGUGAUUCCUAUCCAACCGGAUAUGGAUUCAACGAUUUGGGUACUGAGCACUCAUCAUGGACAAAAGGUCCCUUUUUCCCCAGUGUCCACUCAGGAGAUGGGCACUCCGGAUGUUCUUCAGCUCCAUGCAAGACGUUCCAGCCCGAUGUCCAUAGAGGUUCAGAGACAUAUGUCCACCAUGGUUGGUACACGGCAUCUGGUACUGUCGAUAAAAUAGGACAGACCUCGAUUUGGUUCAAGUGAAAAGCGGCAAACUGUCUUUGAGGGAGCUAGUGAGUGAGCUCAGCAGAGGGAUUUACAUGAAUUGCUUUGUCAAUUGUUUAGCUUUCUUCUUGACAGUGUUUUUCCUCGUAUCAUUGAUUUAUUUUAAUGAUCAUUCCCUUAAUCGAUCAUUUAGUCUAAGCUAAUAAACUUUGAGUAUAUUCAUGAGUGGUAAAGUUGAAAGAACUAUAGUGACGUAUUAGAUAAUUAGAUUUAUUUGUAACUAGUGACAAACCAAAUGAUUUAUGCAAGUAUUAAGGGGUGUUAGCUGCUUGAUUAGUUAUUAAAGAUGUGAACUAUG